AUGUCACCACCACUCCCGAACGAUGUUAUUCAACACGUGUUAGCUAACUUUCCUAUCAAGCAGAUUUAUUUAUUACGAGGCGUAAAUCGAGAUUGGUAUUCUAUACAUGAACAUGCCAUUAAACAACGACUUUCUUUUACGGAUUCUAAAGUUUUAGUUAGACUUGGCCCUUCUUCAAAAGCUAAAGAUCCCAAGUUUUCUAUCGCACUUGAAUGUGUCGCUUUCGAUCCUGAAACUAGAAUUUUUACCUUCAAACCUAUAGCUAAUUCAAAACCAAUUUAUUGUAAUCCACGUCAUUUACGUCAAGUUAAAAUUUUAUCUCGUGAAUGGAUAGGUGUUGAUGCAAAAAGACAUAAUGGUAUAGAUAUUUCAUCGAAUUCUACUUCAAAAGAUGUGAAUUUAGAUGCAAUGCGUAGAUAUGCAAAUUUUACAUUUCAUCGAGAAUACGUUGAAGCUGUUCAAAAAUAUUAUUAUUUAGAAGAAACGCCCAGCGCUGGUGAAGAAAUUUCUACUUAUAUAGGAGAUAUUGACAUGAUUUUAAAAUGUCAUCUUAAAGAUUCAGUUGUUUUAUCCUUAGAAGACAUUCCUGAUAUAGAAUAUUUCGAUCAGCCAUCUCAUAUUUCUUCUUUUAAUGUUGAUUUCUUACAAGUUCAUACUUCUUGGCUUAUUGGUGGAACUACUACUAAAAUCCUUCCAACUGAUUUCCAUUCUAAAAUUUAUCAUUCUCGAUAUACACUUCUUAAUCAUAUUACUUUACAAAAAGAUAUCCAAAAAUACAACCUUUAUUCUCCAAAAGUUAUAAGAUGGAUACUCUCAGAUUACAUGGUAGAUGACCAGCAGACUGUUCAACUCUGUCAACAUCUUAAUAAAACCAAUGGUGAUUUUACAAUUGUUGAUAAAUUUCAAUGGGAGUUAGAAAAAAAGAAUAUAAAACAGCAAAUUAUGUGGAAAUAUUCUUUUGUAGCAAGAUUUUUUUGUGACCCUCAAAAUUCACCAGAAAAUUUUGAACAAACAUUGGAUAGACUUGUUCGUUCUGAAGAUGAUGAAAAAGCAGAAGGGCAAUCUAAGACUCAUAAAUUUACAGCCAUUUCUUGGCAAAAUGGAUGGAUUUCUUAG